AUGACCAUGCGCCCGGACGUGUACCGAGCCUUGUUGCAGGCGUACGACAUGGUGGUGCAACGGAAUAGCUACGCGGUGAAGCGGGUGUCGGCGGUACCGCCGUUCGAGCUGUGCUACGACGAGUCGACGCUGCGGCUGCGGGAGCGAUUCGGCUACGACGUGCCGGUGAUCUCACUGGAGCUCGCCGGGGCACCUCAGGCCUGGACCGUGCCCGGUGUGAACCUUCUGAAGCCUUGGGGCAGGCCUGUGUGCAUGAGGGUGGUCGAGAUAGGGCACGACACCGCGGGGGCAGCAGAGGACGAGCCAGCCAUGGUGCUCGGCCUAGACCAGCUGGCGGGGCACCCGCUGGUGUUUGACCUGGACAAAGGCGUGGUCGGGUGUCACACCCGGUUUUUUUAA